AUGGAUUUGGGUGCCAGAAAACAACAGGGCGACUUGUUAGCCUCAGAAUACGGGUCAAACAAGAAAUGGAUAGAAGAUCAGCCGCUUCUGACAGUUGGAGAUAGGAGUGUUUGGGUUGUGGAUGAUGUGUGUGUUCAGUUGUUGGGUCAAAACUCUUCUAAAUUGCAACUUUUUCAUGGUAAUGGGCUUCAUGGUCAGAAUUUCAGGUCGUGCUCCUUCUUCAAGGUGGAUGUGGGAGCAUUGGAACAUGCAUCCUGCUCCACUCUCCUAGAUUACAUCCCUGAUUUUCAACAACUACCUCCAGGAUUUCAGCUCAUAUCAAACCAUAAUUCCUACAAAAUAAACAAAGCAAUCUUUUUUUCCUUCUUCUCUUCAAUAACUCUCUCUCUGAGCAAUACCAUAUCAUCACAGCUAGAGAGACUAUGCCUGGAUGUCCAGAGAAAGUACUUUGUUUUGAUUUUUCUUCUACAAAUAUGUAGGGAAAGAUUUGAUGAGAUAGGGAAGAAAAUCAAGACGGAAACAGACCUUGCCAACUCUCUAAUGGGAAGAAUACACAUGUUAGGACCACCAGGAACCCUAAACGCAAUCACUCCUUGUGCAGCUUGUAAGCUCUUGAGAAGAAGAUGUGCUCCAGAAUGUCCCUCCUCUCCAUAUUUCUCUCCCCGUGAACCCCACAAGUUCGCUUCUGUUCACAAGGUCUUUGGUGCUAGCAACGUUUCCAAGAUGCUCAUGGAGGUGCCUGAGAGCCAGAGAACGGAUGCAGCAAACAGUCUAGUUUACAAGGCAAAUGUAAGGCUAAGAGAUCCAAUCUAUGGGUGUAUGGGUGCAAUUUCAGCUUUGCAACAGCAAGUUCAAGCAUUUGAAGUUGAGCUUGAUGCAGUAAGGACUGAGAUACUUAAAUACAAAUAUAGGGAAGCAAAUAAUAUCCUUAAUCCUUCAAAUUCCUAUCUAACUUUACUUUCUUCUGCGGCUGUCUCUGUUGCCACCCCUACCAUGCCACCAGCACAAACACCUCCACCUCCUACUUCCUCCUCCAAUUCUUCUUCUUCUUCUUUGUACACCCAACAACCAAGCAGUGGCACAGUAGACUUUGGCACUAUUUCAAAUGAAAAUGUGUCCUUCCUUGGUUAAUUUUAUUUCAUCAGUUAGCUAGUAAAGGGGAACCAAGUAUUUUUCGAUGUAAUGAAUCAAGUGGAAUUGAAGAAGAUGAGGAAGGAAAAUUUAUUAAUUAAUAUUUGAUUUUGGGUAGUUGGGAUUUUUUGAGUAUGUAUUAUAAUAAUGUCUGGAUUUAUGAUUGAAGUCUUCAUACAUAAAUAUAAUAUAUUAUGUGUUUAUAUA